GUAAUAAAUCAACAAAAUUAUUGCAAAUCAGUAUUAUUGUGUAAUGGCAAACCAAAUGUCAAAGUCUUCCUGUUUCUUUGCUGUCUUGGUUUUAGUUUUUGCAGUUCAAUUUAUUCAGAUAGAUGGUGAAUGCUCAGUACUUGUGGGUGACUGUAAGAUGUUAGAUUGUACUGCUCAUUGUAAUUUCUUUGCAAAAGGUGUUCGUGUUUUAAAAGCAUCGUGUUCAUACUUACACUUAUGCAUGUGUACUUUCGAUCGGCCACCACCAGGAGGACCAGAAUCUCCUUGCGAUGUUGUGUUAGGAGUUUGCACUAAUGAUUGUAAUUAUGAAUGUUGCGACAAAAAGUGUAAAGCUAGUUUUCCUAAUACCGGUUCAGGGACCUGUUUAGAAUUUUUUGGUCAGGAUCUUUGCUUGUGUUCUUAUAAGCGUUGAGUUUUUACUCAAUUGGAAUAAAUAAAAUAAAUAUUAUCUUCGCGACAAAAA